GCAGGCAUUGGGAGCCCCUUUUCCCUUCUGCACAACCCAAGGGCUCUGAUCGCUCUUUGCAACCUGCGAGGAAACCUUGGAGGUUUCGGGGCCGUCGAGGGGCUCCGUGGCAGGGCUCCUCCCCUCGGAACAGGGCGAUCCCCCUCCCCUCUGCCGCCCGGUUCCUGCCCAAGGCGUCUGGGGUGGGCGCCCAUAUAAAUGGCCGGGGCAGCGCGGGUCCGCUGCCAGCCUGGUGCCGACCCGCUGGCGAAAGGAGCCCGAGCCCAAAGGCCCCCGAGCUGAGACCAUGACCCACGCGCCGUGGGGAUACGGGAAGGAUAAAGGUCCGGAUCGCUGGCGUGAAGCUUAUCCGUUUGCUGGAGGGAGUAAUCAAUCACCUGUAGCAAUCCUUACCAAGCAUGUCCACAGUGACCCUAUUCUGUUGCCUUGGUUUACUGGUUAUGAUCCAGGUGCAUCUAAGACCAUAAAGAACACGGGGAAAGGUUGCCGGAUUGCAUUUGAUGACACAUUUGAUCGCUCAGUACUGAGAGGAGGACCACUUCCAAAUAUUUAUAGGCUGCGUCAGCUGCUCAUACACUGGGGUUCUACAGAUGACAAAGGCUCGGAACAUGUUGUGGAUUUGCAAAGGCAUGCGGGAGAGAUUCAGUUGGUACACUGGUGUUCCAAAUAUAGCAAUUAUCUCGAUGCUUGUAGAAAAAAUGAUGGUGCGGCCAUUUUGGCAAUGUUUUUGAAGGUAGGAAAAAACCCCAAACCUGAGAUGAAAAGAAUUAUUGAAGAAUUAGAUGCCAUUAAGACAAAAGGGAAAGAAGUUCCUUUUCCAAACUUUGAUCCGUCUAUUCUUUUUCCGCAAAAUCGGAAUUACUAUACCUACCAAGGCUCCUUCACAACACCGCCCUGUGAAGAAUGUGUUACCUGGCUUAUUCUGAAAGAGCCUAUAAUUGUCAGUGAGGAACAGAUGGCAAAGUUUCGUACCCUUUCUUGCAAUGCAGCAAAUGAACCCUUUUCUCCCCUGGAGGACAACUGGAGACCUCUUCAGCCACUUAACCAAAGAAUGAUCCGGACUACGUGCCAAUAGAAUAUUUGUUGAAGUUCACCAUUUUGAGUUGUGAAUAUCUUAUGAUUUUACACUCAUGCUGUUUACCAACUGUGCUGUUGAGUCAGAAAAUCUGCACAAUGAAACAGGACAAGUUACUAAAUACAUCAGACCUGUAGAACAGUACUACUCUCACCAAUGGUCCUUGGAUGUUUGUAGGUCUCAUGAGCCAUUGGCUGUUGGUCUUUGGUGUUCUCCAAAAAAGAAAGGGGGAAACAACCAUAAUCAUUAGACAGAAAUCUGAUUAACAGUCCCUAUAACAUUUGCAGGUCCUAGACAUCAAGUAGCUUGAGAUGUACUCAUUAUUCUGGGAAAAAUUACAAUCUCAAUAUUAAGAUAUUGGAUCUAAGUUUGUGAUCUUUGGUAAUACUAGAGUUUUUUUUGGGGGGGGAGUAUAAUUCUGAAAAAUAAAUUAUACUCUUGAAUUUUAAGGUGUUCUUGAACUACAUUCAUUUUAAAAGAGAUCAUGUUCUGUUGUUCCAAUGUCCUUUCAUACUGCAAAGUUAUAAUGCACUGAUUCUGCUCUAGUAACCACAACAGCAACCUAUGGAAUUUUGAAAUUUUCAGUUUAGAAAAUAGUGCUUAGAACUGUAAUUUAGAGAACAAUAGUGCCUCAUCAAACUAUGGACUCCAGGAUUUCACAGAACGAUGUCAUGGCAGAUAAAGUGGAAUCAUGGUAUUAUAGUUAUGAAGCAUGAGUGGGCCCUUUAUUUCCAAUGAGGCUUAGCAUCCUGGAUAGUUCCUUCUGAAUUUGAACUAAUAAAAGGUGGAGUGGAUUUACCAUACCCAUGGACAUGGAAACUUCAGGUCCAGAGACUGCAUGUUGUCUCAAUAGGAGACCUUGGAAGGCUAAUCCUUUCCACCAUGCAGCCAUAGACAUUAUUUUUACUUAAAGCAUCCUGCAUUCUCUAGAAUAGGCCUGCACAACCUGGCAAUAGUAAGGGGCCAAAAUUUAAAAAGGAUAAACUUCUUUGGGCCACAUGCCCAUUACUGGGGCCAUUGGGGCGGCAUGCUCAUAGGGGCUUCAUGCAUGGUUACAAAAUAUUUAUGGAUUGAAGAGUCCUCAGACUCGCUCCCAUAAUGUCCCUCUCUCAGUGGAACUGAAGGCAGUCCUAUUAGCAAGUGUAGCUGUGGAAGAGGCAUUAACAGGACAAAAAGGGGAAGAGUGAACAGAAAAGGGGGUCUUGUUUUCCCCCUCUGUUAAAGUUGUGUUGUUGUGACUAACAAUGGAUAUUAAAAUCUUGUGAGUGUGAAGGGAGGAUCACAAAGCCAAACAAGAAGCUCUCUAAUGGCCCCUUGAAAGGCUGAGGGAUGAAGUGUGCUACCUUGAAUAAAGGAAGAUUAACAGAAAAGGUUAAUAGAAGGCUUGUUAACAGAAAAAGGGCACUUUUUUGAAGCACAAUACUGUGAAAGGGUAGCGGUGGGACCAAGGAGGGUGCUCAUUGUGCAGAAGUGGCUGAGGUGCCAUUUGGUGCUCCAUCUCCAUUUCCACAGGGAAGUCCCCAGUACAUUUUGUCCUUGUCCUUGAGACUCUCAAGGCUCCCCUUCUGGAACCUUGGUGACACUCAGUCUGCAUCGCCUUGCCUUCCCCUACCUCACCUCCCAGCAGCAGCAAAAGGAGCUUGCCAGUUUUCCCACAAGGUUUGGAGAGACUCUCAAUGGGCCGUCAUACUCUCAUUCUGUAUAUGAGAUGCUACUAAGUUGCUCCCCUUCUCCCUAUGCAUGAAGGACUCUUUGUUUUCUUCUUUCUUCUCUGCCUCCUCCUCCUGGUUUCUUGAUCCCCGGCCCUGUCUCUCUCUCUCUACCCUGUUUCCCUGAAAAUAAGACAUCCCCGAAAAAUAAGACCUAGUAGAAGUUUUGCUGAAUUGCUAAAUAUAAGGCCUCCCCUGAAAGUAAGACCUAGAAAAGUUUUUGUUUGGCAGCAUGCCCAGCGCCUGCCAAACAGAACACCAGAGCAUGCAGGAUUGGUACAUGUACAUACCAUAGAGUGUUGUACAUGGAAAUAAUGGUAGUAACAAGAAAUUCUUGAUAAGAUUCACAGUUUGUCUGGUUCUGCUGGUUUGGGAUGACAACUACUGUACAGUAUAUAAUAAAUGUUCAUGUUUUUGUUCAACAAUAAAUGUGAAUUCUUCAUGGAAAAAUAAGACAUCCCCUGAAAACAAGACCUAGCACAUCUUUGGGAGCAAAACUUAAUAUAAGACACUGUCUUAUUUUCGGGGAAACACGGUAUGCAUGAGGGACUCUUCUUUCUCCUACUCCUUCACCUGGCUUUUUAUUUCCCUUCUCUCUUUCUUCCCCCUCCUGUCUUCUUGAUUAUGCUUGCUUCUUGUUCCCCUUUAUCUCUCUUUCUGUGCAUGAGGGACUCUUCCUCCUCCUGGCUUCUUAUUUCCUUUUUCUCCCUUUCUCUUUCUCUCUGAGAGGAACUCUUCUUCCUCCUGUCUUCUUGUUCAUUCCCCCCUCCUCUCUCUUUGAUUUUUCUUCCUCCUCCUCUUGGCUUCUUGCUUCUCUCUCUCUCUCUCUCUCUCUCUCUCUCUCUCUCUCUCUCUCUCUCUCUCUCUCUCUCUCUGCAUGACUCUUUUCCCUAAUCUUACUGGCUUCUUGUCCUUCCUCUUUCUUCUUGCCACUACCAUCAGUCAUGAGGCAUCCUCCCUUCUCUGCCUUUUUGUCUUUUGGCCUCUUGCCUACUUGGUGCAGAAUUAGUUCCUCCCUCUGUGCUGCAUCUUCUCCCUCUCUGUCUCUCUCUGAAGCCUUUUUUCCAGCCACCCCUUCCUUCUCCACUUUCUUUUUUUCAGACUAGUUAGGCAUUGUUGGGUGUCUAUAGGAAUUUUAACCUAGGAAGCUCUUUCCUUUCCUGCCUGAAGUCUGGCAGUUCAAGAAAAGGAAGAGGAGGAUGAGGAGAUUUGUUUGGAGAAAGAAGGGAAGGAAGGAAGGAACGAAGGAACGAAGGGAAAGGCAGUGUGAGGAGAAUGAGUGGGGGCUCCUGGAGUAGCCAAAGCCUGAGAGAGCAGCAGGGGGGAUGGACCUCUGCAACCCCUUUCUUCUAAGACAAAGACCCUGCAGGAGCAGCAGGUGUUGUUGCUCAGGGUGCACUCCACCUGGCAGCCAUCACAGGUUACCUGAAUUCCUUUGGAGGGGUGUGUGUGGCCUGUUGGCUAAAUGUUGUGCAGGUCUGCUCUUAAAAGUGUAUGGGCAAUUUCACUAUAUUUUAGGCACAUACUACACUCUUUUAAACAAGGAAGUGAUUUAUAAAAAAGUCAGUUUUUAACUAGGGCCUAAAGCUACUAAGGGAAGGGGGCACUGUGCUGCAAAGAUGUGGGAACCAAUUUCCUGAGUUGAUCUUGAUGGAAAGCCCUUGGGGAUCUCAAAAUGGUCCCAAGUGCCACAUGGAUUCUACUUUCCCCACCCCUUACUUACAAGUUUGCAUCAUCACUCUAGUGAAACUAAGGGUAUAGUACAUCCCAAUCCCAUAUGAAGGUGCAAGUCAUGUAGCCCUUCAGAGGUAAGUCUUAGCAGCCAGGAUUGCUGUUGAUGAGAAAUGAUGGAAAUUGCAGUCCAACAACGCCUAGAGGUCACAUGCUUCUUCUAUACAUACUCAGGUUUAAUCUAAAUGGGAUAUAAUUUUGACCAGACAUGUAUAGAGUUUUGCUACUAAAUAACUGACAAGAAUAAUAUUUCCAGAAAACACGAUCAGUUUCCCCAUCAAGCAUAAUUUUAAAUUUUGAUAUCAAAAUAAUUCAUUUUCUUGUACAAUUGUACAUUUUUCUGUUAUGAAUCUUUUCAGGAAUUUAAUACCUAGGCAAUCUUGGUGAUUACAAAGUAGACUGUUGUUCUGGAGAGAAGUUAUAACAGAUGUUCUGGAGGGAAGAUGUUACAAUUUCCAGUUUUUACUCCUUUUUUUUUUUUUUUGAUGAGCCAAAAAAUCAUUUUGGCUCUUACUGUAUUAUUUUGCAAUUUAUUUUGUGUCUGUGGAGCUGGUGUGCUUUUUAUUGAGGGCUACUAAGAGAAAUGGGAUUAAAUUUCCUAGCAUGAAAUUUUUGGUGGAAUUUCAGUUUUGAAAUAUACAGAUGCAUUUUGAAAAGGGAAUUUUUUUAUAUAUAAAUCCACACGCUUAAAUGCCAAUAUUAAGGGUUUUGACAUAGACUUUUGUACUAGUCCAAUGCAGAUCUUAGAAUAUUGCCUAUGAUUUCUUUUCAAAUUUCCAAAAAUAAGAGCUGCUUAAGAAUUGCAGUCAAUUUAGUUUAGAAUCCUAAAUGUGUACUAUGUCAGUGCGACUGUGCCAAAAGAGGAUAAAGACAGCAGGGGCAAUGUUCAUGGUGGAAGAAAGACACUGGGAAAUUAGUUCAUGGAGAACUGGCAGGUUCUGUCUGCAUUCCUUCACCACCCUAGGCUUUUGAAGAAAGUAGCUACUAGCAUAUAGUGCACCUACAAAAUUCCUGCUGAUAUUUUUAAACUGUAGUCAUCUGAAAAGGUUUUACAAAAAUUUCAAUGAAAAUACACAUUGGCUUUAAAAAUCUUAAAUUGUGAAUAAAGUACAGUAUAACAGUAUAACCUCCAUAUCUACAGGAGCAAUACUUGUGAUUUUGUUUCCUGCAUCUGGCAAAAUAUGUCCUCUGUAGGCAUUUUCUUGGUCUGCCAGGUGAUUCUAUAGUAUGAUUCUGUCAGAAAUUGACCACAGAGUCAUGAUUGAGGACUUGAUGAUGCCUAAAGCAACUCUACGGUUUGUUUCUGCUGGAACUCAUUUGUUUAAUAGGGUUUGCUAUUGCCCAAAUUUUACCUAUUUGUGCAAAUAUCUUUGGGAUUUUUGGAAAAGAUAUCCUGUGAAUACACAAGAUGUACUCUAUUUGCUGGGGGCUGUUUUUACUGCACUGGGUUCCUGCUUCUUAGUAAGAUCAGUUCAAAUAGUAUUGUCUGAUGAUUACAUAUUUGCUUUUGUAAACCAACGAAAAUAAAUCUAUUUAUCUCUGAAGCAAAG